AGCGGGGGCGGCCGCGGGCCCGAGCUCCGCGCGGCUCUCUCAGGGCGGGAGCUGGCGCCGGCCCUGGGCCCGCCUGAGGGGAGCCGCUUGCCCUGCGGCGGCACCGGUGCCGGGCCGGCCCCUCGCGGCCCGGCGGGGCUGACGUCCUCUUUAUCCUCGGCGGAAGGAAAUGGCAGCUCUGGGCAGAUCCUGCCAGGGCAUCCCUGCGGGGCCCGCCCUGGAGUUCCCCCAGGCUCUGGCCGCGGCCCCUGACCGCCACGGCCUGCCGGGAGUCGCGCGGGACGGUUCGCAGCCCGGGGCUGCCGGCCGCGGGUACCUCCAGCCCCCCGCCGUGAUGCUGGCGGGGAACAGGAACGACGGCGCCGACGGCUGCGGCUCCUCCGGCGCGUGUUUGCAGAGCAGCUUUGACAUUGCCGCUUUAGCUGCGCUUGGGAGUUACAACGAGAGCCUGACCGUCGCUCCGGUGGGUUCCUUCACAAACGCGGCACACCCGCGAGGCUUACACCAGCAGCAGAGUGACAGCCAUGUCACUGUUCGAGGUGGAAAGAAGCAUAAGCUAGAAGAAGAGGCAGAAGGUUGUCCUGUGAAGAAGAAGAGACUGACAGGAACCAAAAAUUGCCCUUUGAAUCCCAGCACUGAAGAAUGGAUUCUCUGUGCAGGUCAGCAGGCAGCUGGGGAGGUAGCAAGUCGGUAUGGUGGCAGCCGUCCUGAAACUGCCAUGUUAGAAAUUCCCUGUGAAGAAAUGGAUCAGACAAUGGGGGAACAGCAAUGCGAGGUUGCUCGCAGGAAGCUUCAGGAAAUUGAGGACAGGAGCCGUCCUUCUAUGGAGCUGGUGCUUUGGAAACCUCUUCCUGAAUUUCUCACAGAUAAACUGAAGCCUGUUUCUGUUAAGAACUUCAGGCAGCAGAGUACAGAAGGGUGUCAAGCAAAGCAGUUAACACCAAGAGCUGCUUUUGACCCACAGACUGAAAUAUUCCCUGAAUCACAACAGACUGUCGUGUCUCCAGAUGUGUAUACUAGUUUGGGAAUCUCUGGGUGUGCAGAAGAAGAAAUGGAGUUGUAGAUGCCAGACUGUAGACUGGAAGUGGUGAACUUCUGCUGGUUUUUGUUGCUGUUUUUUUGAUUCUCUCUUUCCUUCUGGUUUGAUGUGUGAAUCUGAAGUUUUAUUGUUAUUAUUUUUCCUAGUAACAAUGGUAAGAACAUGGGUUGGCCAGACAAAACUUUAGGAAACCAAAAAAAAAAAAAAUGAUUGCUCUGUUAAAUAUUCUAAUUUUUACUGAAAGCAACCCAAAUGCCUUUGGAACAAGAAAGCAGCUUUCCAUCUUUGUUAAUGGUGAAAUGUCCUCUUAGUAGUCCUUGAUCAGGUAUAAAAUCCAAAUACUGAAUCUUAUGGUGGCUCAAGCCACACUUUUUCACUUACUGAGCCACUGAGACUGGUGCAUAUACUGUGCUUAGUCAGUUAGUUUCAUUAAAAUCACAAAAAGGUAUUGAAAGGAAGAAAUAAUUUUGAGUUUAGUCAGAAACAGAAAAGUAGUCCCAAUAGAAAUACAGCUUGUCACACAAUGGCUGUUUCAUCUGCAGCUGGUUUGCACUUGAUGGAAACUCAAGUAUUGAAAUGAUGCAUUCUGUAAUGUGGUAGGGAAGGAAUGUUAUAGCUGAGCUUAAGCCUCUUGCUUUGUAGAAAGUAAAACUGGCUACUAACUUGAUACUACGAGAUAUCUACUAACUUUAGUCCUCUUUGGUUCACUCGCUUGUGAAUAGUUUGUUUUUUUUGACGACCCUCCUCCCCAGAUGGUGCGAAGUCUAGGGAAAAGUGUUUCUCAGCCAACUGAUUCACAUUUUACAUUGUGAUGUGAUUCCUUGUAUACAGUGAGUUGGAAAGUCAGUUGAAGACAGUGUAACUUUUCAUUAAAUAAAUGGCAUCCUUUAAUUUUUAUAAAGAUCAGUAAAUCAGAUAAUAGCUGAUUUUCUGGGGUAAAGAGAGUCAAAUGCUGAAUGUCACAUACAACUAAGUCCCAAAGUUUAAGUGGGACUGCUGAUAUUGGUGGCAAACUAAAAAAAGAUGUUCGUCUUUUGCCUGCGGAAACCUGUAUUUACAGUUCAAACUACAACAUGCCAUUAACAUGACACCACAUAGUUUUAUACAGAAGUAUGCCAAAAGAAUUUUGUACCCUGCUUUAGAGUGUUAAGAAAAAGAAUCGUCAAUGAGUUACUGCUUGUACUUUUUCUCAGUGCACACUACUUCUACUAUGCUUAAACAAGGCAGACAUCUUAUCUUCUGGUCUUAAGUCCCAGACCUUUCCCAGAGAUACCUGAAUUGAGACUUUUCUUAGGAAAUCCCUUUCCAAGUAAUAGGUUCUGUUGAGUCUUAGCAUCCUAGUCUGUAUUUGACAUCCUGCUAACAUAAAGGAGCCAAGUACACUGGCCUUUCAGUAUUGCAGCUGUUUGCAUAAGAAAAUCUAUUCUUCCUUUGCACAGUUAAUUGAUAAUCUGAUUUAUUUUUUUUUAAUGGUUAACCCAUAGUUGAUAGUUUAAAAUCAAGUUUAUCUUUUUGUAAUCGUUCUUCUCUUUUGGAUCAGAGAAGCUUUCUUUGAAAGAUAUCUUUGUUAAAUCCUGUUUAUAUCUUGCUGUUCUUGUUGAAGGUUGUGUGAAAUUUGCUGUCUCUUGCUAAAAUAUUUCAGAGCUUCACUAAAAACAUUCCAACAUUUGAAUAGGUAUUAUUCUGAAAACUGGUGUAUAACAUCCAUUCUGGAACUUUGGAGAAUGCGCACAGAUCUUUCUUGCUCUUAAGUCUAAUUUUAUUUCAGUCUGCUAUAAAUCUCUUGCAUGAACUGUGUAAAAUUUCUCAUUUAUUAUUAAACUGCUGAACUUGCUUAAAAUCUACAGCCUUUAACAUGCUACAUUGCUUGAGUAUAAAGUAAAGCAAUGCAGUUUAGGGAAGGCUGUAGUUAUUGCAGGUAGAAAAUGUGGUGCCUCUAAAUAAAUACCCAUUUUUAAGCUUGCAGGAUUAUAGUGAAAGUUCAAGGUUGGGACUGUUUUAGCUGAUAGCUCUGAUCCUAAAUAAGCUGAAAAGAAAGGAUAGAAAAAAAAGUGAUGAAACCAUCUCAGCAACACUUAUGGCACAGGGUGUAGAAAAAUUUGGGAAGUCCAAAUAUGUCAAAUCUAGACACAGUUUCUUCCCUCUUAAAAUACUGAAUGACAAGUUGCCCAUCAAAUUUGCAGGAGAACAAAUGUACGUAGAUGGCUUUUAAACAUGCUUUUUUUCCUGUUAUGUUUGUAUCAAAGGUUAGCUUUCAGAAGUGUAUUUCCUCUUUAAUCCCUUGAUGUCAAUAAAGUAUCACUGAGCCCUGUUAAUCUGACAUCUGAAACAAGAAUAUAGUGGUGGACUACUGACGAAGACCAUGAGACGGGGGAAAAAAAUGUGUCCAAUAAAUUUGCUUUGGUAUAAAAGAUUAUUUUUUUUAUAAUUAAUUUAUGCUAUUAUUAGGAGACAACAUGGCUGAAUCCUUAAAUUGAUGGAGGAGAAGAGUAUGGGUAAUGGAGGAAUCAGUUAUCUAGGAGGACUGAGCAAAAUUCUUGCUUUAGCAAUCAGUUAGAGAGAAUGAGAAAGGACAAGCUACUGGGUGUUUUCAAACUUUUCUAUUUGUAACAGUUUUAUUUGGUUUUGACUUCCCUAAAAUACUUCUAUUAAUGCUGUUUACAAGCAGGAUAGCAAAUGUGAUGCAGUAUUAGGAAAAAACUUUUAUUUUGAAAUAUGGAAGAGCUAAUUCUGGUCUGUCUUCUCUUGGGGCCAAAUCACCCUUUGUAUGUGAGUUUUCAAUAAAUUUUCUAAAAUAUUUUUAGAUGGCUGUGCUUCAUUCUUAAUGGAAGUGAAAACAAAACUUGUGAAUGUAUGUCCCAUCCUUUACUUGGAAGGUAAGAGAAUAUUUUGACCUAAAAAGAUUUUUUAGUUUAAUCAUACGUUCCCAAAGACAUGUAACUUUUCCUCCACUGUGUUCAGCAGGGCCGUAGUAACUGUACGGCAGAAUAAACCUGAAGCUGCCAGAGAAGGACUGUGAAUCUGUCAUGAUCCAAAAGUGUCUGACAAAACAAAGGGUUACCUUUGGUAAAAGGUGUUGAUAUUGCGUGUAUUUUCAGAUCUUUUAUUUUACUUCAGAGUGCCUUGCUUGGUCAUUUCUGUAUAAAAUCAAGAAAUGUUGGAGUGCGGAGUAUUUUUAUAAUUACUUUAUUAGUAGGCAACACUGCUCUUUUUUUAACGUCUAUUUAAUAAUUUUUCAAGCAGUUUGAAAGACAAAGUUGCUUGACCUAGACCAGUAUUACCUUUGCUUUCAAAAUGAGAAAACUAGCACUUCAGAUUUAUUCAAAACAACCUGAGUUUUACAGGCUGUGUCAAAUAACGUGUGAUUCAAUGUGAAUGAACUGAAUUUCAAUUGGAUUUAAAUUAGUCAGUUCAAUGGAUUUAGUCAAGGCUUAAAUAAUUCUCCAGUGCAGAGUAGGAGACAAAAAAAAAGUAGUUUAAAACCAAACACAUCUAAGAUUGUGUAGAGCUUGCCUAGUUGUCUAAGUUUCCCUGGGAAUGUGGCUGUGAAACUGUAGACAGGAGUUGUAUUACGGUUAUGGAGCCAGCCCUGUGAAGACGAACAGAAUAUAUUUUGGCAUGGAUUUGGAACUGAACUUGUAUUUGUUCCAGAGCUUGUGUCUUGUAUCAAUGAGCCAUGGCAGGUGUAUGAUUUGUAUCACAGAUCAUAUAUUUAAUCAACUCUGCAUGUAACAACAUAUGCGUGAACUGCUAGGCCUAGAUCCACACUUGCUGUGAUGCAAGCAGACACUCCAGAGGUUAGAGCAGAAAGUAGUCAUGUUAAGGGAAGCAUACUGCAAAGGUGAAAUCUGUCCUAUGACAUAUGUAUUACUCUUCCCUCUCCUGCCCCAGCUUAGCUCGGGUUUACUUUAAUUUAGUAUCUCUCAUCUACCUGUCAGAUCUCAAAUGAAGACCGUCUGCUGCCAAUUUAAAUUCUCUCACUUUUAUCUGUGGCUGUUGAUGUACUAUAUAAAAAUCUCAUGGUGCCCUGGUAUUACUUAAGAAGACUUGAGUCUAAUAAAAAGUAUGAAUGCUAGUAGGAUUUCUGAAUUCUAUUCGGCUCCCAGAUGCCCAACAAGAAGUGUGUGCGCUAUUAGGGAGAGUGAUCUCAAUAAAUAUUAGCAGCUUGUAUUGGAACCUAUAUUGCCAGUAAGUCUUGCUAAAGCAUGCCAUGAAAUAUCUGCAGCUAUAAAGGGUACAGAUAUAAAAAAAAAAAAAGCACCAAAAGGAUACAAAUAAUACUUCAACAAACUCUUUUGUCUGCUGUGUUUAACAAGGUUUGGGUGGAAACAUAGUAAACAGAGUCCAUUUCCAAAUAUCAUGGGAACGUGACCAUAGAGAACUUUCUUCACAUUUUCUUAGAUCUUAAUGUUGCUCUUCAAGCCACAACACGUUUUCAUCUUUGAGAUAAGUUAAAUGAUACACUAGUGAAAAUGGGCAAUAUAUAUCCAUGUCACUGGGUAGCAGCGUUACUGCUGUUUUACUUGGUAAAUCACACCUGGAAAGUUGCAGAGUAACCAAGUUGAAGCAAUUUUCAGAAGUACAUGUUGAAGACUAUCUCCCUUUGUUCAUUUUGCAAGACCUUUACAGUUCAUCCCAUACAUGCUCACACAUAGUGCUGCACUGGCUGAACAGCAUAGGUCUAACUUUCCAGAGACAGACAAGGACAGUGGUUAUAGGCAGCACCUACGCUAGAUUGUUGGGUAUAAGUGCUAUGUCAUGCAUGCAGUUUUAGAAGAAGGCUGAGUGGUGGCAAAAUGACACAUCUACAAGCCUUUCAGAGUGCCCUGUUGCAGGACAGAUGAGAGGGAAAGAGAUACAGCACAGGUGAAGUGCUCCAGUGCCUUCAUCAAGGUGUUUCAGGCUAUAGGGUAUAAGUGUUUUUCCUGCCUCUGCUAGGGCAGUAACCAAAUACAGGAAUAACUUCCACUGUAGCAUAGCAGAUGAAGGUAGCUUUCUGCUCCGUAUCAUUCACCCCAGCCACUCUUAAUCCCUUUGUCUAGUUUUAUCUGUAGUUGCACAAGGAUGA